UCAAUGGUAUCUGCAGGACUGUAAACGAAUCAGACAUUGACUUGUGAAAGGGAAACAAACUAAGAUUGUUUUUAGUUAACGGUAGAGUUGAAUGCUGGGAUUGCAUACUUCUGGUGGACACCUAAUGGAUAAACUGGAAUUAGGCGAUACUAGAAUCCCUCGCGACACAAGCAAAGAAUAUAUUGAUUCAGCGGAAAGUCUAUUAAAGAUGGAGAAUCUUGCCAAUAUCUGCUUUCUUUCUGAAGAAAGGAAUGGACCUAUAAUUUAUCCUGAUCUAUCAUCUCAAGAGAACAAGCUAGAGAAAGAUGAGGACGGGGCUCUUGAAACUGGAGCUGAACCUGAAAAAUAUAUGUAUGCUUCAUUACAGCCUUCUAAAGAUCAAAGUGUUGAAAAUGAUAGUUUUAUGGGACAAGAAAUUGUUAAGUAUGUACAAACAGACAUUACAUCACCUGGAAGCUGUGUGGAAGAGAAUGACCAGAAGGGUAUUCCAAAAGACUGCUGCAAUAAGGAAGGAAGAUACUUCUACUAUGAUGCACCACUUUCUGAAGAAACUGGAGCUUGGAUUCCUGUUUCUGUUCCACCAUUAUCUAAAAGUGAUCAUGAAGAGUGGAAUAGAGGGUUUUUCUGUAAUGGAGGUUACUUUCCAGAAGGAGACAUGGAUUGGAAUCAGCUUUCUGGAGAACAAAAAGAGUUCACGAUGUGGGAUGUUGUGGCUGAAAUGUUGGUCGCGGCUCGAGGGAAGGUGUCUUCCUUAGCUUCUGGUGAUAUUCAUAGUAUUUCAUGGAUAUCAAGUCAUAUAGUUGAACAAGCUUGGAAAGAAAUGGCUCAAACCCUCACAGAGGCUAAUUACAACAGUAUAAGUGAAAUUAUUGAGAUGGAUCCACCGAAAUGGUUGCCAGAUAGUGCAGCUUCUUCAUGUAUGCUAUGUAGCGUCCGGUUUCACCCUAUCAUGUGCACCAGGCAUCACUGUCGGUUCUGUGGAGGAGUAUUUUGUGGUGACUGUACUAGAGGAAGGAGCUUGUUGCCUGUUAAGUUUCGUGUGGGAGACCCACAAAGAGUUUGUGAUGUAUGUUGUGUACGUCUAGAAAAUGUUCAGCCAUAUCUGAUGGAUCAAGUAAGUAGAGCUGCUCAAUUACCAACCUGCGAUCUGACUGAUCUGAGCACCUUGAGAUCUUGGUUGAAUUUUCCUUGGGGGCAGUCCAUGGAAUAUGAGAUCUAUAAGGCCACAAACACAAUUAAAGCUUAUACCAAGAUAGAUACACUGAAACCGGAGAAGUCAAUUCCUGAUGCUAUCCUGCGACAAGCGAAAGGCCUUGCCAUACUUACAGUUGCAAAAGUGGGGAUAGGUAUCACCUACAAUAUCGGGACCGGGCUAGUGAUUGCACGUCGCGAUGACGGGUCUUGGUCUCCUCCAUCUGCAAUUUCUUCUUUUGGUCUAGGCUGGGGAGCUCAGGUGGGGGGCGAAUUGACGGAUUUCAUAAUUGUAUUGAGAACACAUGAUGCAGUCAAAACAUUUAGUGGCGAUGUGCAUCUUUCACUUGGAGCUGGUUUGAGUGCAGCAGUUGGCAUUGUUGGACGGACAGUUGAGGCUGAUAUGAGGGCUGGUGAUGGUGGCUAUGCUGCUUGUUAUACUUAUAGCUACAGUAAAGGCGCAUUUGUUGGGGUUUCUCUGGAAGGAAAUAUUGUGACAACUCGUUCAAGUGAGAAUUCUCGAUUUUAUGGUAGCCAGUCCAUAAGGGCUUCAGACAUUGUUCUUGGCUCAUUACCUAAGCCACCCGCAGCUGCUAUACUAUACAAUGCCUUGAGGGAUUUGUACGGGAAGCUCGAGAGGUGAAGUGUGGUGUGAAUAUAUUUAAUUUUACAUUUUAAACUGUUUGCGUGUCAAUGAACAACUGUCUUCUGAAGCAUAUGAUAUGGGUGAUUAUUUUAUCUUCUUCUUCUCGUGUGCUUUGAUAACCAUCUGUAUAGGUGUUGUGGCUAGCUAGCUAGCUUCAACGUGUGUAAUUAUGUAAAUACAUGAUUGUAAUGAACUAACUAUUAAGUGAAAUUGCAAAUAUCAAUGAAACAGACAGACAAACAUUUACUUGAAA